CGACGGGCUGGCCCACAGCAAAUGCAGUACAAACCAAAGAUACGAUCUUUGGUACAAACUAGACUAUAAGUAUAACUGUACUCAGUAUGUAGGCCUACGUAAAUGUCGAACGUAUCAACAUGGCAGCUGCUGACCGAAAGAAGACGCAAAAUUCUCUGAGUAUAAAGAGCCAAAAGGAUUGGCACACACUUUGCAGUGAGUACAAUCUUUGCAAGCGGAAGCUGCAAGCUAAGAAGGAUGCCUUGCUAAUCCUUGCAGAGGAGCUAGACAAUGUACGGCAAGAGAAGGAUGCCUUCCGUUUAAUGGCUGAACAGCUGAGAGAGAAAUACCAAGCACUCAAGAAGCAGUGUGCAGACAGGGAAAGGGCUUUAGGGUUGUCAUUGAAUGAGAGUGAUCCACUGUCUGAGAGAAGAAACCAUAGUUUGGUUCAGGUCUUACGAGAGGCAAGGGAGCAGAACAAGAAGGCAGAGGCUAGAAUUGUCGACUUGGAACAGAACUUGGCAGAGGCACAGGGAGACAUCAAGCUUUUGAGAGAGAACAUAGCGAGGCAAAGAAUAGGAGAUGAUGGAAUUGGAACCAGACACUUCCCAGCACAUGAGAGAGAAGAGCUGGUCAACCAGCUAGAAGCUGCUAGGGAACAGCUUCAGGCACUUGAGCGAGACCUUGUGGCUAAGAUCGAUGAACAAACUGAGCUGGUGACUGAGAGAGGUUACUUCCGAGAUAAAGCAGAACGUCUCAAUCAGGAACUUAAUUAUGUCUUGGGAGGAGAUGAGAAGAGAAUUGUUGAUAUAGACGCACUCACCAUGGAGAACAAGUAUUUGAAGGAGAGAUUAAAGCAGGCUCAGGAGGAGAAGAGUGUAGCCCAAGCAACUGUUGCUAAAUACAAGGCAGCUAUUGAAAGACGAAGAGGCAAAAGUUCUAUCAAGUUAGGAUCAUCAAGUAGUGGAGGCCUUCUUGUAUCCCCUAAGCAAGUUGAGCAAUUACUUGCUGAGGGUAAGUCUGGUGGUAUUGCUGCAACACCAUCAUCUGUGGCUGACCUGCAGUCCUUGGCAACAGCACUCCUAGAAACCAUACAUGAUAAGAACAUGGCAGUCAACCAUCAUAGAAAUACAAACAAAAUACUUGGUAAUCGUGUGGCAGAGUUGGAGAAGAAAUUGAAGACUCUUGAGAUAUCUGGACUUUGGAAUAUGCCUCCUGGUAAAAAUGCUGCCUUUGUUGCCAGUGAGGUUAAGAACAUGAUGGCUGGACAGUCCUCACUGGUUCCCCGCCAAGCAUCUAGUACCAGUGAUGAUUCAAAUCUAGCAGGAUUGGAGAGUGGCACCAGCUUGCCUGCAUCAUCAGAUUCCAGCACUCACAGUUCUCCUAGCCACUGUCUGAGCAGCUUACAUCUUGCUAGUGGGGAUGACAAAAAUGGUACCACCAUGAUAAGUCUGAAUCAAGAAGAUGCUGCCCAAGAUAUGCUUGAGCUGGACAAUAUUAGUCAAUUGAUGCAUCAAGCAAGUCGUGCUUCAACAGAUAGAUAUACACGCAGUCUGCAGUCAGCGUCAUCUACCGAGGAUGAUAGUAACUGGUGCGCUGCAUCAGAGUCAUUGUCCAAUGUAGAGACCACUGAGAAAACAGCUGCUGACCCUGAACAAGAUGGACUAGAACUAGACAUGGUUAAACCCAAGGAAUCACAUUCACUGUUGCAUCAAGCAAAGGCAAACACAUCAGAAUUUGACACAGACUUUCCCCUGGAUCUUAACUCUCAACACCCAUCAGCUGACAGUCCAUGCAGUGGUGAGCAAAAUGCCACAGCUAGACUACCUGGCUCUGUAGAUGACCUAGAGCACUUGAGUCAGGAAAGACAUAAUAAUGAUGAAAUUGAUGCACCAUCUUGCUGUUCAUCAGACAUAUUGCCAACUGUACCCCCAGAGAUGCAGGAUAGCUUAGACAUGGUGGGAGAUUUACUGGAGACUGUGUCAGACAAACUGUCCUGUCAAAGUCGAGAAGUGCUACUGCACAAGGAGUCUAGUACCUCUUCUCCCAGGUCUGUCUCGCCAUUAUUGUCUAGAGACAGGCAGGCACCUGUUGACAAGUUGGUACAAGGGCACACAAUUGGUCCUGUAGACACAGCCCCGCAUUGUGUUUAAAAACUUCCCAUGUAAUAUCAACUUGCAAAAUUUAUAUUUAUUGAUCAAAAUGCAAUCUAAAAUCUCUGAAAUUGUUUUUGACGUUCAGUAUGUUUACUAGUAUUAAAAAAAAACUAUAUGAACCAAGAUUGUAGACAUUGCUGUUAUUGAAGAGCCAGAUAUUAUGAAGCUUUUCUUCUUUUAACAGAAAAUUUAUUUAUUGUUUUCCUCAUUACUGAGACAGUUUUUGGGUCUUUUGUCGUGCCCAGAAGGGCGGUCAGGUUUUUUGUUAACUUAAUACGUUGAAAAAGCUUGCUUAUUAGGUCUACUCUAUCCUUGUUAUAAGACACAAUUACACUGACUGAUCAUAUUCUCAGUUCGGUAGAGAAGUGUGAUUUGAUGUGUUGUGUAAAGGGUUUGUUCUUCAUGGGCUGUAAACUGCAGAGUUAUUACUUCCAUCCAUAUUUCCACCUUGAUUCAGUGCUUGGCAUUCUCUCUGUUAGAAUUGCAUUUGCAUUCCUCUUUUCAUGGUUAUUGUGAGUCUCCUUGAAAAGCAAUAGUAUGUCAGAGAGUAAAUUGUACAGUAUAUUUUGUCUAGAUUGGCUAUUGUCCACAAAGGCAUAUCACAGUGAACUAUUGUACAUGUAUUCUGUGUUAACAUUUGAACAGGGUAAGAAGGGUUUUUAUGUAAUAAAUAUGGAUAUGUAUUUAUUAAUUCCUAAACAUCCACACACUUAUUUGUAUUAUGUACAGUAGAGAUUUUCUUGUCAUCCCCAUGGGAUUGAAAUUAUCUGAUACCCUGGGUAAAAAUUAAAAGUACCCCAAUGAAUCCAAACAACAUACACAUAGAAACAGUGCUCAUCCCAAGUCUACAAGACAUGUCUGUUGAAAGGUUUUUAAACAAAUUGCACCUCACUACACUGGAAAGCAAGAAAAGGGGGGUUUAUUCAAACCUGCGUAAUCGUGCAUCAAAUAGACAGGAAUAAUGCAGACUCAAUGUUUCAGGAAGCUGACUAUAUCAGGCAACCAGAAGUCAUUCACAGAAACUAGCCAAAUCCAGAUUAAGACUUAAUGUCAGGAAGCAUUUCUAGAGUCAAAGUGUAGUUAAUAGCUGGACUAAACAGCCGGGGAGUGCCAUGCAAGCACCCACACUCUCUGCUUCAAGCAGAAUUUAAGUAACUUGGGGUUUAAUGAGGAAAUGAAACCCCUUUCACCCCGCCAAUCAUCUCGUCUAGAUGACAUGAAGAUGGAGGUCUGGCCUUUAUGUUCAAGGUAUGUUCAAAGUAUGAGUAUGGAGAUGUUGAGCUUUUUUCACUUUCCAAACUUAAAACUUAAAUUUCAAGCCUUUUAUUUUCAUUUUUAAGGUACAACAAAUCUUACUUCAAACAUGCAACAUAACUUUAGUAAUAUGAACUUGCACAUUCGGUUUGCUUAGAUUUUUGUGACAGGAGAUUCUGUGUAUUCUGAGGUCCUUUGCUUUUAAUAUUUUAAGUAUGGUCAGGCAUUCUGCUUUGGCAAAGUAUUAUUUAUUGUGUCAAGGUGCACACACUCUCGUUUUGUUCUAUGUUCAUUUUAAACAUAGAUGCACAUGUAUGCAUCCGUAUGUACAUUUUAUUGACGUAAUGUUGCAGAAAUGUAUUGCUUAAAACAGUUGUGUAAGGGUUGAUAUUUGUGUAAUAUCUCCUAUACAGGAGAUAGUUGCAGUAAUGAUGGACAUGAACACUGCGAUCCACAAUCAUGGUUCUACACUGUGCAAUAGUCUCACAUGUAAUGUCAUUCAUUUGACAGGUUGUAGUUUUUUGUUGAUACAUUUGUUGCUGUUGUUUUUGCAAGUGUUCAGUAAAAAAAUUGACGUCAUUUCCUCCUAACUUUUCCAUAAGCACCUCCCCAUUUCAGUCCUAUGUAGUGCAGUCAACAGCGUUGAUGCAGGUGACAAGUAGAUCAGUUAUUAAAUCAGAGACAUUGAUAGGGAUGACGGGGCUAGUGGACAAUUUGGAGGCAUCGGUUUGAUUCAUACUACAGUGUAAAGUUCAAUUCAUGCAUUGAAUUUUCUUUCUUGAAAUGAACGUUGAUUAAGAGUGAAUCAAUCAGUUUUCAUUGUGAUUGAUUUCAUGACGAGGAAGAAAAGACUCCAUUUCAUUCUGUCAGCCAUAUCAGCCGUCAAAUGGACAUCUCGCCGCUGCGAAUAUUUCAGUAGUUUCAUAAAUCCUAUCAUGAAUCACCAGGGUGGAAUGCCGUGAAAUUGGGUCUCAGAUUGCUUCAAACAAAAGGAGAUUUUGUAUUUCAACAAAGUUUGAUUUCCAACACACACACACAAAAGAAAUCUCGUUAGGGGUGUGAAUUUCCAUCUUUGCAAGUGGGUUAGAAUUCCCUGGUAGGCUGCCUGUUGAAAGGAUUCCCGUGCAUUUUCAUUUACACUCAUACAAGUAAUACGUAAGCACCGCGAAGGGGGACCCUGAACAAAUUAAUAAAAGGGAAAGCUGCACAAGAAGUGAAGAGAAGAAUUAGUAUCAAAAUUAUCAAUUAGCUCGAGAAAAAAAAUAUUGACGCCUCUUGCAGUUAAAUAUUGUUUAACUAGACGGUUUGCCCCACCCCAGCCGAAAAAAAUGGUGACGCCAUGCAUAUUUUUAGUCAAUGUGUGCUCAGUGCCAUUUGAGACCAAACCUCAAUGUUGAUAUCAUUGCAACAUUAAAAUCUGCUGUUAUUUUGGAGAUUUUAACACGCAAACAGAAAAAAAAGGUGAAAAGGGACACCAAUACACAUUUUAUUCAUCAACUGGAUUGCCGUCCCCAGGCUCGAGUCUGGGGACGGCAAUCCAGUUGAUGAAAAAAGUGUUAGUGUCCCUUUUUGAUCUCACAUCCAUGCAAUAACUUGACAAAAACCGCCCAUACAGAGCAGGGCGCCGAAAAGGGCAAAAACAACAUUUUGGUCGAAUGCUUAUUUGGAGAGGUUCAUUUUAACAUUUUGAACAUGGUCGACACUUGCGCAUGUGUGCAGUGAACUUACAUGCGGGAUUAGGGUACUCGGUAUAACCUGACAUGCUUUGAGCGUCCAAAGCUGUGAGGUACGUGUAUUUCAUGCGUUGCAUUUGUAAAACUGUUUUUGUUCUCCAUGUAAGUACGACAAAUUAAUUAAUUCGACUGUUGAGAGUUCAAGUGUAUUGCUUUGAAGUCCGUUUGCUUCUGUUUGGUACUUGGGAAAUGUAGGAAGGAAUUAAAAAACAGUCUACCCGUCAUCUGAAUGUGGAAAUUCACACCACAAAAUAAGAUUUCUUUUGUUUUCUGUUGUGUUGGAAAACAAGCUUUUUUAAAUGUAACAUCCCCCUUUGUACCAAUUAGAUAUCUAAACCCAAAUCUCACUGCAUUUCACCCUUUAAAGUACAUCUGAAAACGAUGGUGCGCUGAAUGGGACUUAUGAAACUACAUGUAUUGAAAUACAUGAAUUCGCUACGGUGGGAUAUCAAUUUGACGCCGCGGCAGGAUCAUACAACUUGCCGCGGCAAGGUAGUAACUUGAAAAAAAAAUUGUUGUAAGUGGCCUUUAUACGUUUCCGUACGAAAUUGACCUGAAAGGAUUAAAACUUCAGUUUUAAGUUAGUUCACAGAA